AUGUUCAAGAGACCUCGACGGAGAUUAAUACGGCUGUGCUGCCUCGCUGCUGCGGCGCGAGCCAGCUCGCCCGAAGCAGAGGUUGAAGUGGUGACUCUCGGUGCCAUGGUGCCUCCGCUUGUCAGCAGAGGGCGUCCACCUGGAAACGGAGCCGCCGGGCGGCCAACGAAGACGCCGACUCCUCUCGAAGAGGGGGAGAGCCCUGACCAAACGAUCGCUAGGCUUUUGAACGCCAUAAUCCAACGAGAAAGUCAGCAGCAUUUUCAUGACAACCAGGAGGAUCUCGCGCCAUCUACGAUUGAUGAUCCUGUUGGGUCCUCGUCCCAAGAAGCUCUUGCCGGCAGCGGCAGUAGCAGUAGCAGCAGCAGCAGCAGCAGCAGCAGCAGCAACAGCAGCAACAACAACAACAACAAAAAGGAUGACGAGGGGAGAACGGCAGCGGGGGAAGAAGUAGCAUUCUCGCACAACGUGGACGAAAAAUUCGACGAAAGUUCCCGUGUCAAUGGUUCACCUGACGGCGAGCCUUCGUCCGUUCACUCGGCUGCGCAAGAUGUACAACCGUCGAGCGACCUCGGGGGAGGUGGCCAAGAGUCUAGCGAUGCUACUUCUGCUGUUGCAGAUGCCGAGCAUGUUCUUGCCGGUAGCAGCAGCAGCGGUACGGCCGAUUCGCCUGCUGAUGCCGAGGUUGACGGUGUUACUUCUAGUAGCUCUUUGGAGGGUGUUGCGCAAGGCCUCGGGGAACGUAGUUAUGACGCCGCCAGCGAUGCUGCUGCUGCCGCUUCUGCUGCUGCUGGUGCUGCUGGUUCGCCUGCUGAGGCCAAGGUUGAUGCUACCUCUUCCGAUGGCUAUGUUGCGGGUGUUGUGGAAGACCUCGGGAGACUUAGUCAAGACGCCAGCGAUGCUCCUGCUGCUGCUGCUGCUGCUGCUGGAUUGGACGCCGAAGCUGCUUCGGCUGGCGAGGGCAGCAUUGACACCUCGUCCGCUGAGGCGGUGAUCGAUGCUGCUCCUUUUGCUGCUCAAUUGGGGAACGCAGCACAAGCGCUAGACGGCGCCGGUGAUGAAGAGGAGGCGGCCGCCAGUGCUGGGGAGAGCACAACAGUAGGCGCCGAAGACUUGGAAGAGUUUGUAGAUGGAGGUGAGGGCGAUGCGACAGAUGGGGCUGGGAUAGACCGACCGCCAGCCGAGCGGGGCGAACCGGCCGGGAGUCGAGAAGCGGAAGAGGAGGGUGGCGCUGUUCUCCAACCGGAUCACGGUGCGACAGCAACUCCGCUGCCAGGUAUCGACGACGAAGGUGCGAUUGUUGAAAUUAUGGAGCAGGAUGAGCGGGAGCAGGAGGAGGAAGAGGAGGAGGAGGAGGAGGAGGGGGACGAGGAGGAGGAAGCCGCCGCUGGAGAAGAUGCGGGGCCGCCACCAGCAGCGAGGCCUACCGGCGAUACCCAUGACGAUGGGCGAGCGAACGAAGCCGCAGCAGCGUCCGCUCAGCCAACGAGCAACGAUGCGUCGAUGGACGCUGUGGUGAUCACCGCUGGAAAGGAAGAAGGGGCCGCUGCGUUGCUGGCCCUCGAUAGUGCCGAUGAGGACAGCAGUGUGGACUCGGGAGGGGGCGAGGCACGUGCUGGGCAGGGCGGAGACGGGGCAAUCGAUGCCGUUCGUGAUGCAUCCACAGCAGAAACGUCGUCGAUGGGAUCGCAGGGCGAGGGGACCGAUGCAGGCGGGGAGGGGCAAGGCAGAGCUCCUGCGGUUGUUCCGGCAAUGAGCGCCGGAGGACAAGAAGACGACCACCGUGAUCUCGAUCGACACGAGCCUGACGCACGGACGAGCGCGAUGGAAUCGUCGGGUGCUUUUGGUUCGGGCACGGGAGCGGGAGGGCCGUCAGGGGCUGGUGACGACGAGGCGACCGGAGCCGCCGUGGGCGCCGAUGCCGACGUUGCCGCCGGUGCCAAAGUGGACGGAGAUCUUGAAACCGAUCCGGGGGUAGCGGAGAUAUCGGCAAGCGAAUGGAGCGGGGUCGACGCCCGCCCGCCGAGGAUGCCGAGCGGGCGGUGGCCGCCUCCACAGCACGGGAGAGCGACCACCGGGGACGCCGCAGCCGCCGUGCCGCCUGACGACGACGUCUUCACGAGCGACUCAUCACAAGAGGUGGAAGCGCUGCUGUCGGAGGAGGAGGAGGAGCAGGCGCGCGGCGAGGACUUCCCGCGCAGGCGCCCGGUGUUCCGUUUUUCUGAGCCCCUGUCGGCGGGGCCCGACCCCGUCGAUGUCGGGCUCGCGGGGCAGCGGCCGCCUCGCCGGCGGCACACCGCAGACGUGGAAGACUUCGUCGUCUUGCCCCCGCUGCCGCAAUUAGACUCGAUCUCCACCGAGCCGCCGGGGGAGGCGAGCGACCCGGGGGGCGCGAUGGUAGCGUACAGCGAGGAGAACGGGUGGGAAGCUUGGGCGGCAGAGUCGACGGUAGCGUUGAGGAAGGCGGCGGUGCGGUGGGCGGGGGUGGCGGCCGAGCGGGGCGGCGUUCUGGCCGAAGAGUUCCUCGAGGUUUGCAAGGCGCAGGUGGUGAAGAGCUGGCACGACACCGUCCAGCCGCUGGCCGGGUACGCCCGGCGGCGCCUGGAGGCGACGGCGAAUUUCUGCUUGGGGGAGGUGGGCCAGCAUCUCGAGGACGCGGUAACGGCGGAAGCGCUGUGACAGCCCCUUCUUCGUUUGCAGAACCACGGGUAGCGAACGGUUCGUGUAUGACUAGGCGCUUGUUUUAGUAUUUGUUGUCGGCCGGUGAAGUGCGCGUCGACCGCUCUACGCUGGUGUUGGUUGAGUGUGGCGACUUGUGCUUCAACAAACACUACCGUCCGUUGUGAGACGACCUUGUUUUUAAGUACGCGUGGUGUACAUGCUGUCUUUGUCGUGUUGGGGGUUGUUUCUGCGUUCGCGUGUUGUGGCAUGUUGUUUUCAUGUUCGGCUUUUUUCAGGGUCUGGAGGGUUAUUUUCGUUCCCGGCAAUUUGGGUCCACGACUCGUACGAAACAGGCUAGGCAAUUGGUUGUUGUACUGUAUAACUGCAGGAGAGGCCAUCAAGCAAACUACGUGCGUGCGUGCGUGUAGCCCGUCUCGCCGUUGGUAAACACGAAAGACACUUGUUGCUAACUACCGAUCCGCCCAAGAGCUCUUAUGUUGCAACCGAUCAGGUC